AUGAUUUCAUUAUCACAAGGUCUAGAGCUUGUUGCGACCAUCAAAGCCAGUCAGAUUGCGUCGAAUCUGGACUUGCUGGAAACAACCUGCAAGACUUUCGCUACCCGCAUUCUGAUUCAAUCGGCGCUGAGGCGCUAUUACGCGGGCAACAACUCGGUCGAGAACUGGACGAACGCCAUCGCCGAUGUGCAAUCUGCAUUGGGGGGCCGAGGAUAUCUCAGCCUGUACCAAGCCAUCAUUUACUCAAAGAAUGGGAAGGACGGGGUGGAGAGUUUACUCAAUGUGACGAGUGACACUGUCCCCGAUAUCACGCUUCCAUUCAACUACGGGAAUGGAACCUCUGUGAAGCUCGGGAACGAAGGACUGGGCUACCCACCUUCCCUGUAUCCAAAUCUUACGUACCGCGCGACGGGGGACAAUGGCUCGACCGCAGUAUACGCCUUCUCCGAUUACACCUUCGGCCUAGCAUCGGCUCUACUGCUGGGCCCGCUGAAGGUCAAUUCAUCCUUCUCUCUCGUCUCCCUGACGCUGCCCAUUGUCAACAACACCUCAAAUACCGAGAUCAUGGGGUUCAUGACUGUCGUUGCCAGUGCCGCCAAUCUUCAAAAUGUGAUUAGUUCCCGGGACGGCCUCGGAGAAAGUGGACAAGUGCUUCUUCUAGGACCCUCCCGACCGGCCAACGUGUUUGCCGCGAGCGACCAGCCUGCGACUUCCACGUCUGCCGCCCACGCUGAGGGACUCGAUCAGGCCCAAGUCCACUAUGUGUUCGAGCCCACGCCGUUGCCUACCCAAGCCAGCCGACAUCUCGGAAUGUCGACGGAUACUCCCUUCGCGCUCUCCGCCUAUCCCAUGGCACUUCGAGCGAUGCUGCUGCCAUAUCCGAACCAAAGCAAGGCCACAAGUGACUUGUCCACUACCAAUGAACGAGACGUCAGUGUUGCUGUGGGUGCUGUGCGCCCUCAAAAUUCCCUCGUGCAGUGGAUUCUUCUCGUCGAAGAAGCCCAGUCAGAGGCCUUUUUCCCCGUGGCUCGAUUACGGAAGAUCAUUAUCGCUUGCGUCUUCGGUACUGCAGGUGCAAUCAUAGUACUGGUCCCUCUACUCACACACUGGGCUGUUGCUCCAAUCCGAAGACUGCGAGCAGCGGCCCAGAAGUCAGUUGAACCCGAGGUUGGCGCACCCCAACCCGACACACGGGCGCCUGGGUAUGAAGACGAGGAUGCACCAAGAGAGGCGAAUGGGAGAGCCGAGGAGCACAUGGAUGAGAAAGGGUCUCCCGCGACGUGGGUGAAGCGCCUCACACGACCAUCGGGGUGGCUGAACAGCUCGACAAGCAUCGGACAUUCUGGCACCGCCCGCGGGUUCCAGAUUCCGGCAAGAGUGAAAGAGAGAAAACAUUGUGUCACAGAUGAAUUGACGGAGUUGACAAAGACAUACAACGCAAUGUCGGACGAGCUGACUAUCCAGUACGCUCGACUGGAAGAGCGCGUCGCCGAGCGAACCCGUGAGCUUGAAAAGGCGAAACUGGCCGCGGAGACGGCGAAUGAAAGUAAAACGCUGUUCAUCGCGAACAUCUCCCACGAGCUCAAAACUCCCCUGAAUGGAAUUCUCGGCAUGUGCGCAGUGUGCAUGGGCGAAGACGAUCUGUCGAGAAUCAAAAAGUCGCUGCAAGUCGUGUAUCAAUCCGGUGACCUUCUGUUGCACCUCUUGAACGACUUGCUAACAUUCAGCAAAAAUCAAAUUGACCAGGCCAUCCAGAUUGAGGAAAAGGAAUUCAAGAUCUCGGAUGUGCGAUCGCAACUGGCUAUUAUCUUUCAAAAUCAGGUGCACGAGAAGCACAUUGAUUUCAGCGUGAAUUUUGUCUCUGGAGAGGUUAGUGAGCCCCAAGGCACGGUCUGUCGUGAGGGGGGCUCCGGGCACAAAUUGACACCAGCGCAGCCCAGACUGGCCGAUAUGGUACUGUGGGGUGACCAACAUCGAAUACUCCAAGUGUUGAUCAACCUGGUCAGCAACAGCCUCAAAUUUACGCCGGAGAGCGGAAAAGUGGAAGUCCGUAUCCGGCUAGUGAAUGAAGUCUUUGGGAUGGACGGUCCGCCACCUUCGAGGAUGAUGUCCCGGCGGGCUUCCCAGCUACGCCCUCAAUCUGUAUCCAGUGCAAGCUCGUCCAUGCGUCACGCGAUUCGGGCAGGAGAAGGCUCGGGCGACGAACCGCGGACAUCCAAACCUAACCUCCGGCAGGUGAUCUUCCAGUUCGAGGUCGAAGACAAUGGUCCGGGCAUACCGAGCCACCUGCACAGGCGCAUCUUUGAUCCUUUUGUGCAAGGGGAUUUGGGGCUGAAUCGCAAGUACGGCGGAACUGGGUUGGGUCUCAGUAUCUGCGCGCAACUCUCCCGCAUCAUGGGUGGUGUCAUCUUGCUAGAGAGCAAAGAGGGAGAAGGGUCCCUCUUCACAUUGAAAAUCCCCCUGGGGUAUGUGAAGGAAACUGUGCCGAGUCCACAUACCGGGAGCCUUCCAGGGUCACGGACUCCCAGUGUUCUUUCACUAGAAGAAUUCUCAAACGCGGCGCGCACGCCAUCGAAUCAUGGCUCAGUCCGCAGUGAAUCCCAUGCGCCGGGCUUCGAGAAAUCGGAGAUCCAGCCUCGAUUGGUUGGUCUCAGUCAACCCUUCUUUGCGCCAACAGUACCCAAGACCCCCCCGCCAGCCGCCGGAAAUAUCCCACUAAAAAAUAGCCCGCGGGUGACCGGGAGCGAGUCGAAGAAGAUCCGGGUUUUGGUUGCCGAAGAUAAUACCGUCAACCAAGAGGUAGUCCGUCGAAUGCUCGCCCUAGAGGAGGUGUAUGAUGUGACCAUCGUGAAAGAUGGCCAGGAGGCGUUUGACACCGUCAAGGCAAACAUGGAGAAAGGGGAGGUUUUUGACCUCAUUUUCAUGGACAUUCAAGUAAUGCAUAUCCCCCCUGGAAACCCCAUUGAUAAUACUGAUUGGAAGCAGAUGCCUGUGCUCGAUGGGCUUGAGAGCACCCGUCUCAUCCGACAGAUGGGGUACUCUGCCCCUAUUGUGGCGUUGAGUGCAUUUGCAGAAGAAAGCAAUAUCAAAGACUGCAUGGAUUGUGGGAUGGAUAUGUUCAUAAGCAAACCUAUUCGAAGGCCUGCGUUGAAGCAAGUCCUCAGCAAGUUCUCUACAAUCAUUGAGGAGGUUGAGAUUGGACCCUGA